AUGGGAUUAUUAACAGAAGGAAUUCCACUUUCGUGGGAAGAGACGAAAGCAUUGGCAGAACAUGUUCGACAUCAUGGCAUAGAGCAAUUCAUUAAUCUCUAUAGUAAGCUAAUAGACCGCACUGGAGAUGUUCUUAAGUGGGGAGAUGAAGUGGAGUACAUAAUAGUAAGAUUUGAUGAUGAAAAUCAACGAGCCACUGUUAGUUUAAGAGCUGAAGAGCUACUACCUAUACUUCAAGAAAAAGAACAUGCUGAUCCUCAAAAUGCGAAGUCACUUUGGCGUCCAGAAUUCGGUUCUUAUAUGAUUGAAGGAACGCCAGGGAAACCAUACGGAGGUCUACUCGUACAUUUUAAUAUAGUAGAGGCAAACAUGAAAAAUCGCCGAGCUGAAGCUAGUGGUCUCUUAAAAGAUGGUGAAGUUUUAAUGAGUAUUACAAACUUUCCUAGACUAGGCUGUCCAAAUUUCACCAGUCCAUCAUAUACCCCGACGCCGGAUAAAGGUGUGACGAGGUCAUAUUUCUUUCCUGAUGAGGGAAUAUUUCAUGGACAUCCGCGUUUCAAGACACUAACUUCAAAUAUACGGAAAAGAAGAGGAGAUAGACUGGCGAUAAAUGUUCCAGUUUUUCGGGAUACAAACACUAAGAUUCCAGUGGACGAUUCACACAAACUCGCACCGGGGAUAGCGCUGCCAGACUGCGUGUAUAUGGAUACUAUGGGCCUCGGCAUGGGCUGCUGCUGUCUGCAAGUAACCUUCCAGGCUUGUGGCAUAUCUGAGGCUCGCACUCUUUACGACCAACUGGCACCAUUGUGCCCCAUCAUGCUUGCGCUCUCGGCCGCGGCGCCGAUCUUCCGCGGCUUCCUCACCGACGUGGACUGCCGCUGGAACGUGAUCUCCGCGUCGGUGGACUGUCGCACGCGCGAGGAGCGCGGCCUCGACCCGCUAAAGAACGACAAGUUUUGUAUCCCUAAGUCCAGAUAUGACUCCAUCGACUCCUACCUCUCGCCUGAACAUGAAAAAUACAACGAUAUACCCAUAAUACACGACCCAGCAAUAUACCGACGUCUGCGCGAGGGAGGCAUCGACCAUCCUUUAGCGUUGCAUGUCGCGCAUCUUUUCAUACGAGAUACCAUUUCUCUAUUCUCAGAGAAAGUCCACCAGGAUGACUCUAACGAUACAGAUCACUUCGAGAACAUCCAGUCAACAAACUGGCAGACGAUGCGCUUCAAGCCGCCGCCGCCCAACUCGAGCAUCGGCUGGCGCGUGGAGUUCCGCUCGUGCGAGGCACAACUCACGGACUUCGAGAACGCCGCUUACGUGUGUUUUGUGGUGCUGCUGACGCGCGUCAUCCUCUCCUACAAGCUCAAUUUUGUGAUACCCAUCAGCAAGGUGGACGAGAACAUGCAGCGCGCGCAGCGGCGCGGCGCGUGCACGCAGCAGCGCUUCUGGUGGCGGCGCGACGUGGGCGCGCCCGGCGACGUGGCGCCGCUCGAGCCCGACGCGCACGACCAGUACCUCGAGCUGACCGUGCACGAGAUCGUCAGCGGCAAGGAGGGCGUGUUCCCGGGCCUCAUCCCGCUCAUCGAGUCCUACCUGUCCGGCAUGGACGUGGACGCGGACACGCACUGCACCGUGCAGCAGUACCUCAAGCUCAUCAAGCGCCGCGCCGCCGGCGAGAUCGCCACCAUGGCCACCUGGAUGCGCGAGUUCGUCGCCGCCCACCCGGACUACAGGAGAGACUCGGUUGUGACGGAGAGGAUCAACUACGAUCUGCUCAAGAUCGCGCACGGCAUCCAGACGGGCGCCGUCCCCGCGCCGCGGUUGCUGGGCGGCAGCAGCGUGUCCAAGACCAACGACGACAUUCCCAACGCCUUCCGCAGGAUGAUCAGCAAGGACUGCCCC